CGUCUGUCCCCACUUCCGGUAUCAUUUCUCUCUCCAAACGGAAAUCUUAUCGGUUUCUUCGAUUUCUAGGGUUUGCCGUUCUUUUGAUAUCGGAGAUCAGAUUCAGUGGUUGCGUUCUCCUCUACCAUCGAAGCUAUCCAUAACUUUGUUCAGCGACGGCGUUGAUAGCCUCUCAUCAGAUCUGCAGCUUCGUUGAUUGAAGGAUAUUUUGCAGUUUAGUUGCAGAAUUUGGGCACUCAAGUGUAGGUGGGUUUUCUGAUGGUGUUUAUUGUGAGAUUAUCGAGAAAUGGACGAUACGGAGGAUGACGCGAGGUAUCCUCCAAACCAUUACCCUGUAAAUUACCAUCAAAAUUCGAGUUCAUCUCAUCGUCCGAAGCUUCCGGUUCGCAACGCCUCUUAUUCACAACCUGUUGAUAAUGAAUAUGGUGAUGAAGACGAUGAAGAAGAGGAACAAGAAGAAGAAGAGGAAGAACAAGAAGAACAAGAGGAGGAAGAAGAGGAAGAAGAAGAAGAGGAAGAUGAAGACGAAGAAAAUGAUGCCCAACGAGUAGUAGAAGAAGCUGAGGUUGAUGAAGACGAUGAAGACGAUGAUGAGCAAAACAAUUAUCACCGAAGGAUUGAAGCUGAUGGGGAGGAUUCUGAAAGGCACAGAAAGAAACGGAAACUCAAGAAUCUAGCUUUAGGUUAUGAGUUUGCCCCACGCGUAGCAGCACCUUCUGCUGCAGCUGGAGCUCCUCCCGCGAAACAAUCUUUUGGUGCCCGUAAUUCCCCAGCUGAUUGGACAGAACAUGGGACUUUCGUUUUAUUGGAUGCUUGGGGUGAUCGAUUUCUUCAGCUUGGGAGGAAGAGUCUUCGUUCCGAUGAAUGGCAUGAAGUUGCCAACAAGGUCUCAGAAGAGUCAAAUGUUGUUAGGACAGACACUCAGUGUCGCAACCGUCUGGAUACAUUAAAGAAGAAAUACAAGAAGGAGAAGAUGAGAUUAGCGGAAACCGGUAGUAACACCAGUAAAUGGGUUUACUUCAAGAAGAUGGAUAUGCUAAUGACAGCAUCACCACGGCAACCUGGGCUCUCUUGUGGUUUGGAUUCAGGAGAGUAUGUGUUCAUGAACCCCAGGGUUUAUUUAAAUCGCUCUAAUGGGUUGGAUGAGAUGAGGGACAGUCCGGGGAACUCAGAAUCUGCAAACGGCAAUGAGGAUGAUUCGGAUGGACUUCCACCUAGGAGGACAAGAUUUAGAGAGAAUGGCUACGAUGGGUCUUCUUUUAGGUUGCUUGCCAAUUCCAUUCAGAAGUUUGGUGAAAUCUAUGAGAAGAUUGAGAACAGUAAGAGGCAACAAAUGCUAGAAUUAGAGAAAAUGAGAGUGGAGUUUCAUAGAGAUUUAGAAUUGCAGAAGAGGCAGAUUCUGGAGCGGGCACAGGCUGAGAUUGCAAAAAUCCGGCAAGGGGAUGAUGAAGACACCGAUGAUUCUGCUGAGAACAGUGAAUGAUUGGAUAUUCUUUGGCCUCUACAGAACCAGAAAUUGGUGAGAAUCUGUACUUGAAGAAUGCUGUGGGGUGGCUCUGGUGCAGACAAUUUGGGAGCCGCUUGGGCAGCUUCAGGUCUAACGUAGUCGGCCAUGAAGCCUUGUACUGAUAGUCUAAUAACAUGCUUUGAAUAGAAGUCCGUAAACCCACAAAGGCUUCUUCUCGCUCUUUGUAUUUUAUUGUUUUCUCUUUCAUAUAUUCAUAUGAUUUCUCUUUUAGUUCUA